GGUGCACUUAUUUUCAUGGGACACCUUGAAUGCAUGUUCUCACUUUCUUGACUGCUUUGCAGCUGUCAUUUUCCCUGACUCAUCUCUCGAACCAGAAAAUGCUCCCUGUUCAGAUGAUGCUGUCAUUCUGCUGCAUGUAUGCCCUAACGUCCCAGCAAUAGUAAUGCAUGAAUUCUACUGCACUACUUGAUUGCCCUUAGUGGACCAUCUCUAGACUGAAAGGGAGGGCAGAUUGCACAGCUCAUGAGGCCUUGCAUGACCCACAAUGGAUGCAUUCAUAUUCCUGACAUCUUUUCAUUUUGACCUCCAUUUUAAUAAGCUUUGCAAAUCAUCUUAGCCUUGGUAGUGAGCAAUAUGAUGGGGCAGGUGCUUACCUGGCCCCUCAGCAGGGGCUGCUUACUGCUGCUUACGGAAAGGGAAGGGGUGGUGGGAGUGCAAAUACGCCAACAGGAGCCCAAGAUGUUUUCGAUCUGCAUUUGCACGAUGCUGACCUUGCUACCACUUUGCACACACUGCUGUUUCCUACUGGUUUUAAUCACUCGCUUACAAAAGUAAAAAUAUAGCCAUCUUGGAGGCCUGUUGGUAGGGGUGCCAAUAGGAUUUUCUGCCCACAUUGUGCAUGCUUUGUGUCUUAUAUAGAUUUGUAUCCUUUUGUGAGUAGGGUAUUGUUUGUUGUUUAGUCGUCUUAGUCAUGUCCGACUCUCUGUGACCCCAUGAACCAGAGCAUGCCUUGGAAACUCACUAUUUUCUCAAAGCUUCUUUUUCAUGUCCAUGGAGUUUUCAUGGCAAAAAUACUGGAGGGGGUUGCCAGUUCCUUCUUUCUGCAUUUAGUCUAAACUCUCGGCUAUGACCUGUCCAUCUUGGGUGGCCCUGCACAGCAUAGCUCAAAGCUUCUUGGAGGUAUUUUAAAGGCAGUGAUUCAUGAAGGGGGUGAGCAGGGUAGAGGGCCCCAAAAUACGGUAAAUAAAGGGUCAUAUGUGUGUAAUAAGAUCUCUAGAAGACUGAACUGGUGACGAUUUCUUCCUAAUUGUAUUUCCAUACUAGAAAUUUUAUUUCCAUACUGCCGUGUAGCAGUCCUCCAAUGCCAGCCCUAAACCACACAAAAAAACAACAACCCAGCUUUCAUUAGUUGUAAUGAAUCUGUAGAUCAUGAACAGAUCUUAUGAUCCUUCAGAUGGUGGCGGUAUACGGCAAUGUUAUCAGCACACGUCAAAGAGCCACCUUGUGCCUGCACAUUUUGAUUCAUAACUUUAGUUCUAAAGGGUGACCCUGCCUAUUGGCUCAAAUGUGGGGAGGGAAUCUCAUAAACUGAACAGAUUAUUCUAGGCUGCGCACACAACACACAUAUCCUGCCUACAAUCUGUGGCAAAAGGGUCCAAAUAUAUGUAGGACAUCGCAUAAUGAGCUAAACAUCUGGUUCACAGUUUUGUUUCUGUUCUCUAUGACUGCUGGUGCUCACUUGCUGAUCUUUUGUUUU